AUGAAACUACAACCUAUUCUUUCCUUAAUUACGUGCUUUGUCUUCUUCAUCGGACAUGUGCCAGCACACUCAAUACGUCCUCGCGCACCGGCCAAGGUAGCCAACAUCGAGAAUGCCAUCAUCCACACACCGUCGCAACGAGUUACAGCGUCAACGGAGUUCAACCUUACAUUUAGCCUUGCCGGGCAACCCAGCGAGUUUAGGCUCAGCCUCGAACCGAACCAUGAUCUCCUUUCCCAGAAUCUGAACACGCGGCACGUUGAUGUAAACGGAGAAGUUUUACGAACAGAAACCUCUGGGCGAGCACAACAUAAGAUCUUCAAGGGAAAGACUCUAGUUCGAUCAGCCGGUGGUGGUUGGGAGGCGGCGGGUUGGGCGAGAGCGUUCGUUGUUCGAGAUGGAAACGAUCCCCUUUUCAAAGGAGCUCUCAGCGUCUUUUCUCAGAAAUAUCAUAUCGGUAUUGUAUCAGAUCAGGCGGGUGUGCCCGCUUCCGGGCGCCGGAUGGUGGUAUAUCAUGACUUUCCGGGUGUUCCGCAAACGAAUGUCGAAGUUGGCGCGCUGCUAGGACGACCUGAUGCUGCAAUCCCAUUCACCAAGCGCCAGUAUUUGCCUGAUAGUACCGACCUGACUGACAGCAUUGGCAGCACAUCUGGCUGUCCAACAACGAGAAGAGUGGCAGUUGUUGGAAUCGCCACGGAUUGCACAUACAGCGCCGCGUUCGACUCGGCCGAAGAGGUUCAACAAAACCUAAUUAGCAUGGCUAAUACUGCAUCUGAAGUGUUCGAAAAUACAUUUAACAUCGCACUGGCAAUCCGCAACCUGACUAUCACUGGCUCAACAUGUCCCAGCAAUACCUCUAAUUCUAUCCCUUGGAAUGUUGGCUGCUCAGCCGGUGACAUGGACUGGCGCCUGCAGCGGUUUACCGAUUGGAGAAGAACGCUAGGUGACCGAACAAAUGCAUACUGGACACUAAUGACCGGUUGUCCAAAUGGUGAGCAAAUAGGCGUCUCGUGGACCGGAGAACUAUGCGAUUCGCAGCUGGGCGCGAAUGUUGUCGCACGGACGGAAAAUGCAUGGCAGGUAUUUGCGUGA